AUGACCAUUCCGAUCCCCAAUGUCAUUGUUUAUUCCACCUUAUCAGGAAUUUACGGAUUUAUUGGACUUUCAAGCCUUUCGUUGUUGCUGAGAAUUAUUUACGUGGAAUUUCAACAACGAAGGAAAUUUUCAAAAUUCAUCUCUCAACGAUUUGGAAGAGUUCGUUAUACAGGGAAUUUAUCUUCUCAUCAUGACCGAAAGGAUGAUUCCAUAAGGAAGACUCAUCAGAAAUUAUCAUCCACUUCAUCCUCUCACUUGAAUUCUCACUUGACGACGAGUAGUAGUAGUAGCAGUCGGAAGGAAAAUACACAACAGCUAACAGAAGAUAUCCAUCCUUCCAAUUUGAUUUCAAAUCAUGAUCAUGGGAUGGAGUUCAAUAAUGAUUCUUUAAAAGAUUCAAUGAGGAUCACUCAGGGUGAUCAACAACGACAACAACACGACAUGAAUCCUCAUCAUUCCACUUCACAUCAUCAUGAAGAUAAAGAAGAAAUUGAAUCACAAACCACAACAACUAAUCAUAACGAUCAACAAUUCGCCAAUAAUUUCAACACUAACCCAUCUCUUGCCUCAUCUUCAUCUUUCAAAAAACCAGAAAGCACAUUUUCUGAUAAGAGAUUAAUGUUUGCGCUUAUUGUGAUUUUGUCACUCGUUCGAUGCACACAAUUAGCAGUUCAAGCUUCAUUACCAGAUUUUUCGGAAUAUAGAGAGCUCUUAAUUUUAGUAAGCUCAUUUCCUGGAUAUGUCUAUUCAUCACUCAUGCUCAUGCUGGUUUUCUUUUGGACAGAAAUGACAAUUUUGUCCAUUCGAAAACAGUCCAUUUCGGAAAUAUCGGAAACAAAUCAAGAGGAUAUUGGAUUAUUAACAUCUGAACAUUCUUCUUCGGAAUAUCAAUCACAAGGAUUUAUUCGAAGGAAAACAGUCCCAAAAAUUAUGAAUUAUUUAACAGCGAGUUCUUUUCUCAAGACAUUAUUCUUUGUUGUGAAUUUUAUCAUGUACAUGACCAUGCUAGUGAAUGAUUCGCUUUUAUUAUUUCAAUUUGCAGGAGAUGAACCAAGAGGGUCUGACAACAAUGACUACACCAAUCCAACGCCAUAUUCUACUAUAGAAAUUGUGGCAGUUGCCGUACCAACUGUUUUAUUUAUUAUUUGUGCUAUACUUGUCAUUAUAUUGGGAAUUACCUUGUUUAGGAGACAUUUGAAAAAUUAUAGAGCUAGUUCAUCGAGAAACAUUGUGUCACUCUAUACAAUUAUAUAUGUAUCAGUUGUGACCUUAACAGAUUUUGUUGUUUUACUAGGAAGAGCAGGAUUACUAAUUGCACAAAUGUUUCUGUCAUGGCUCGAAACAAAAUGGCAAACCAUUCUUUGUUACUAUUCACUUGGUGAAAUUAUCCCAUUAUUAAUCUUGAAUUAUGCUCUAUACAAGAUGGGAACUUUAUCCAUAUUGCACUCUUCUCAUCAUGCAGAAGUUGAAGAAAAACAAUCUCAAGACACAGGAAAAACAACUUCCAAGAAGACAUCUCAAACAAAAACUUCAAAAGUUGUAUCAUACAUGUCAGAAAAAGCUCAGAAAUAUUAUUCACAUUGGGAUGAGAGUACAGAGGAAGUCGAUUUUCAACAGCAACACGAUCCACAACAACCACACAUUCAUUACAGAUACGACGAUGAUAAUGCCACUGAAAAAGACAUGGAGGGAGAAACAUCAGCCAGUGAUUCUCCUUCAGUCACGAACUCGAGAAAGAAUUACGGAAGUGUGAGCGAAAUUCAAAAAUUUCCUUCACAACAUCUACGUGAACAUCCACACUGUAGAACAACAACAGUCCACAACAAUGCAAAAAGAAAAGGCACAAGUUCAAACAUUUCAUCGUCACACACACAUUCUUCUCACAAACCUUCCGUUCCAUCCCCUUCACAUUCCUUAAUCCAGAAAGUUCAUAAUGCUUUUGCAGAAAAUGAUUCUCUCAAGAAUGCCUAUCAUGAAUUUAGAGGUAUUGCAAGCGAUGACGAGUAUCAAUGA